AUGGGAGAUUUAGAGAUAAUGAAGACUCGAUUUAACACGCAAGUUAACAUGCUUAAAUCUAAGAAAGGAAAAAAUCAUCAGUUGUUUACAAGAAAUAAAUAUAAUUUAUUUUUGAUGAAAGUCAAAACAACCAAAGAGAAGACUUCGAACAAAACAUCUGAAGAAUAUCAACGGCUGUCUAGGUAUGAUAUUGUUAAAAUUGGUAAUAUAGAAAAACUCGUCGUGCCAGUAAAAAAUGAAAGAGAUCCCAUUAUUUAUUAUACCUUUUUGGAAGAGAUUUUUGAUAUAAUUCACGAGACUCAUAUUUCUAUCGGACAUGGAGGACAAAACAGAAUGAUGAAAGAACUUCGCAUCAAAUAUAAGAACAUCACUGUAGAAUUAGUCAUGAGUUAUUUAAAUCUUUGUGAAUCUUGUCAAAAGAAGAUGAAUAUUCUAAAAAAAGGACUCGUUGUUAAGCCCAUUAAAAGCAGUGAAUUUAAUUCAAGAUGUCAAAUCGAUCUGAAUGACAUGCAAAUGGUGACAAGCAGAUGUGACAAUGGCAGAGAAUUUACAAACAAAAUUAUUGAAGAAGUCUGCGGAAUGUGGAAUGAGCUUAAAAUUGUUCACGGUAAACCGAGACAUAGUCAGUCACAAGGUUCAGUUGAAUGUGCGAAUCAGGACAUAGAGAAAAUUCCUUAUGAAGCUAUGUUUGGCUGUAAAGCUAAAAUAGGUUUAAAAACAUCUUUGCCAGCUAAUGUAUUAUCAGAAAUCACAAGUGAAGAAGAUCUGAAAGCAAUUUUAGAAGAUCAAUCUGACGCUGCAUCUCAGAAUGCUGAAUGUGAUCAGACUAUGAACUCGCAAAAUGAUGACAAUGUUAAAACACAGCAUGAUAGUAAUAUGAAUGUUGAUAAUUUAAAUGAAAACUUGCAGUUACUUACACAUAACGUGACUAUCGAAGCUCUAAAUAUCGACAAUAAUAAUAAUAAUAAUAGUCAAGCCGCUAAUAACCACUAA